GACACGAUGCGGGGAGCUGGAGCAGCCCUCUGACAUCACCAGAUGGAAGCUGUGUGAUGAGAAUAGCAGAGCCAAAAAGGAGGAAACCAGGUCUCCCACCAGGAGACCCGUGCCCGCUCUGGAACGCUUAUGCUCAGACUGUUACGCCCGAAAAAGAAACAUCCACUUUGGUUUCUCUUUUGCACAGCAUCCUCCCCUUAAAAUACCACAGCAGCUUCAAUUGUACCUUAACUAAUAUACCCUUGUAAAGGGGACCCACGAGGAAAGCAUCGAGUCAAAUUGCACCGAGAACCGAGAAGAGGUACGACCCUCUUUCUGGUAAACGCGUCAUCGGAAAACCCUGCCCGCGUCUCCAGGCCCCGUUUGCAGGUGGGACCGUUUUCCGGCUGUGGAUGCGUGUGUACCCGGGGCUCCUCAGGGGCCGACGUCCCCCACAGCCACCGUGUCUCAGGUUCACAGGCCACCGUGUCCCAUUUGCAUCUCUGCUUGGCUCUGAAGGCCACGCCUGAGAAGACAGCCCUCCUACCUUUUCUCAGCAGCGCCCUCCGAGUGGGACAGAAGUGGGAGGUUCUCGGCUGGUACUGCUCUGGCUCCCGAGGGGCCCGCAGGGCUUCCCGGCACUGAGUGUGAAACUGCCGAGGACCCUCACGGUUUCGAACUGAGCAGACCCUGCCGCAUUCUGCGGGGGUCAAAACCAGUGACGGAAGUGACUUAUGACAGAGAAGAUGUUACUCCCUGCUGGGGGCAGGCACCAAUAACAACAUGUGAUCGUGGUCCUUGGAAUGAUCAGUGAAAAUACUGAAUGAAAUUCAGGUAAUAACGAUGCCGAACUCUUCAGUGUAGCCUGUGACGAAGAGUUCUCCAAACGAGGACUACACUGAGAGCACAGAAAGGGGAAGAAAAGAGCUACUGUUUAAUGAGCACUUAAUGUGCCGUAAACGUUAUGUACAUUUUCUCAUUUAGUCAUCUCAAAAACCCCAUGAGGAAGUAUUAUAACUGUUUUUUCUCAAAGCCGAAACGCUAAAGAAAGUAACUUGUCAAAGAUUGCACAGCUGGGAAGCAAAAAGGCCAGGAUGUUGAUGUUCUGGUGAUUUAUGUCCCUUCCAUAUCUUGCAGUCUCGUGGACACUUUGAGGCUGGCCUUAUCAGACGACGGGGGAGGCAAGCGAGAUCCUGGACACAGCUGUGGGGAUGGAAGUCUCCGGGGGAGGGGGCAGUUUGUAAUGGAUGCAGGAAAGCGAGGAAAGAAAGUGGCAGAGAGACACGUUGAAAAACUGGCUACCUGCUUUGGAUCAUCCCAGUGCCCCACAAAACAAAAAAGAUAUCAAAAUAAGCACAGCUCGCUGAGCCCCGAGGGAGAAGGGAUUGUGGGAGAGGCUGGUAGCAGAUAAGCCCAGGGAGAGCCGGCCCGGCAGCAAGAUGAGAGAGUUCUGGAAACGAAGUUCUGCUACGCUCUGGACACUGAAGCAUAUGGCUGAGUAACCGGUCAGUCGAGCUUUUUCUACAGAAUGGAUCUCAGAUGAUGGAACAAUGUUCUCCAGACAAGAGCGGGAAAGGAUAGAACAUAGAGACAUUGAUGAGGCAAAGAGAAUGAUGCUCCUGAGGCUGUCUGUAGUUCUCCAACACUUACGUUUACGUGGGCAUUGGAGCACGGCGCAGCUGGAGACCACAGCAGACUGCCGGAGCAGCAUUAUCGUUCAGCAUUAGGGCCCUGUUAAUUGGACUCAGCACAACAAUAAUGAUCACGGACUUGUCUUCCUGAGUUUCCCAUUUCUACAUUCUUGGCUGUAAUAAUCAUACAGAUCAUCCUUCCUCCAAAAAAAAAAAGUUUCAGAAUCCAGCCACUAUUAUAUGGACCUGGCCUGUUGGUGGAGCUUACUGAGGCAUGCUUUAUGAGAACCUCAUCAUAACCGUAGAGCCUUCCAGAGGCUCGCUCCUCGGAGUGUGGUCCGUGGACCAGCAGAGUCAGCAUCGUGUGGGGUGAAGAAUCUCAGCCUCACUUGAGACAAGUUGACUCAGAACCUGCAUUUCAACAAGAUAUUCCCACCCCCACCCCCACCUGUGGUGUGACUGCACUUUAAAGCUGAGAAGCACUGAUGUAAAGACUCCAUCUGCCUGCAGAAGAGGGAUCAGGCCUGCAGCAGGUGCUCCUCUCCCAGAGGCUCCACUAUGGCUCCAAAAGGCUCUGGAAAGAGCUAAUGUACCCGCUGGCCUAGCUCCGGACCUGGCUCAUUCAUCGUCAGUGACUGUGUGCCCACCCCCAAGACACACGCCCACCUACAGUUUCCCUCGAGGCUCUCUGGGCCUCCUCUCAUGUGGAUCGAGUGACUCUCCUUCUGCCUUCCUCCCAAACACGCUCACCGUUCCCACGGAGCUGUUGUUUGCUGGGCGGACCUGAGCCCGAGACUCACACACUGAGGACAGGUGUUGUCAUCAGAGGGAUGGUGACUGCAAAUAGCAGGAAAAUAUUGUGCAAUCUUAACCACACAAGCUGCUGUGAAAAGAGGAAGUAACAGACUGGGGUGAGAAAGGAUCAGAAGCUCAAGAACAAAGGAAAAUUUCAUCAUGGACAUGGACCACAGUGUGAGACUCACACACGCUGCGCGGGAUCUGUGCCCAGUGGGACAGCUGAAGCAGGGAUGAGAGGCAGAAGGCCGAGAAGAAAGCCAAAUGCCAAUCUGUUCUUGGGAUCCCGGAGCUGCUUCUCUUUUCCUCUUCAAAUGUGGCUCAAAGCACACACGGCCUUUCCACAUGGCUGCCCCGCGGCGGGGUCGUUCAGUCUCCCUUAGCCCCAGACUCAGGUGGAAUCUGCUUGCUGCAGGCGUGGAAAGUGCCCAGCCUUUUAAGAUGGAAUCUCGAAGGUAUCAGGUGCCUGCCUGUAUUUCCCUGGAAGUUUGAUCUGUAUGCUCCUGCUGAGGGUGGCUAGGGGCCCUCCGCUGUGAUGGUCCUUCCAGGGCAGCACGCCAGACCUAUCCCACCUGGGACUCUGGGCAUCUCGGCCACUGGAGCUGCCAGUCUCAGAUUACAGGGGAGGGGAGAUCCCCAGACCUCAGGCUCUCUGUGCAGUGCAAACCUGAACUCUCUUGUCGGCUGCUGUGAGACUGCCCCAGAGUGGGAUCUUCGUGCCCAGGCCCUUCCCAUUCACGGGGGGGAGUCAUUUUGCUUCUCUGGGAAUUUAUAGAGGCUCCGAAAAAAAGAUGAACUGGUCCUAUUCCUGCAUCUCCUUUUGUUGGAUUUACUUUGCUGCCUUCAGACUGAGAGUUGCAGAAACAGCAGAUGGAAAAUAUGCUCAGAAGUUGUUCAAUGACCUUUUUGAAGAUUAUUCCAGUGCUCUUCGUCCAGUAGAAGAUACAGAUGAGGUCCUGAAUGUCACACUGCAGAUCACGCUUUCUCAGAUUAAGGACAUGGACGAAAGAAACCAAAUUCUGACUGCCUAUUUGUGGAUCCGCCAAAUCUGGCACGACGCGUAUCUCACGUGGGACCGAGACCAGUAUGAUGGGCUGGACUCCAUCAGGAUCCCCAGCGACCUGGUGUGGAGGCCGGACAUUGUCCUGUACAACAAGGCUGACGAUGAACCUUCCGAGCCUGUGAAUACCAAUGUGGUCCUGCGGUAUGAUGGGCUGAUCACCUGGGAUGCACCGGCCAUCACCAAAAGCUCCUGUGUGGUGGAUGUCACCUACUUCCCCUUUGAUAACCAGCAGUGCAACCUGACCUUUGGCUCCUGGACCUACAAUGGCAAUCAGGUGGACAUCUUUAACGCCCUGGACAGCGGAGACCUGUCCGACUUCAUCGAAGAUGUGGAGUGGGAGGUCCAUGGCAUGCCUGCGGUGAAGAACGUGAUCUCCUAUGGCUGCUGCUCGGAGCCGUACCCUGACGUGACAUUCACCCUCCUUCUGAAGAGGAGGUCCUCCUUCUACAUUGUCAACCUCCUCAUCCCAUGCGUCCUCAUAUCUUUUCUGGCUCCCUUGAGUUUUUAUCUCCCUGCAGCCUCUGGGGAAAAGGUCUCCCUGGGCGUGACCAUCCUUUUGGCCAUGACUGUAUUUCAGCUCAUGGUGGCAGAGAUCAUGCCAGCCUCAGAAAAUGUCCCUCUCAUAGGAAAAUACUACAUAGCUACGAUGGCCUUGAUCACAGCCUCCACUGCCUUGACCAUCAUGGUGAUGAAUAUCCACUUCUGCGGGGCUGAGGCCCGGCCAGUGCCCCCCUGGGCCAGGGUGGUGUUCCUGAAGUACAUGUCCAGGAUGUUGUUCGUCUAUGAUGUGGGCGAGAGCUGCCUCAGCCCCCACCGUGACAGGGAGCGGGACCACCUCACGAAGGUUUAUGACAAACUUCCAGAGCCUAAUCUGAAAAUAGCCAGGAACAACGGCCCUCCCAGGAAGAAGGAGAUGAACAAACUGGUAAAGAAUGAUUUGGGGUGCCGGGGAGAGAACCCGCACGAUGCUGACAGCUACUGCGCACGGUUCAAAGUGCUGACGAGGAAUAUCGAAUACAUUGCCAAGUGCCUCAAAGACCACAAGGCCACCAAUUCCAAGGGGAGUGAAUGGAAGAAGGUUGCAAAAGUCAUAGAUCGAUUCUUCAUGUGGAUAUUUUUCAUUAUGGUGUUCGUGAUGACUAUUUUGAUCAUAGCAAGGGCAGAUUAGUAGGUAUUUGGUAUGCGGGGAAAAAUCAGUAGAAUUCCCUAUGAUCUACUCUAAUAAUUCUUGCAAGACAUACAUACAUACAUGCAUAUAUAUAUGAAUAUAUGAUAUAAACACAAAUACGGUGUAUAAUAUAUAGACACAAAUAUAUCUAAUUCAUAAUUUAGGUGUUAUGUUGUCUUUAACUUCAAAUCAAGAAAAAAGAAAACUCAUGGGCACGGACAACAAUGUGGU